GUCACUUGUCAACUGUCAAAUGUUUGUAUAUUAUAUUGUUCUCUCUGUUUAUUUACAAUUUUUGUGCUCAUAACAAAUAGAAACGCAUAAUGGAUGAUGUUUCACGCUACAAAAAUAUUAAAUCAACAUUAAUAAAAAUGCCUUCAGACGGUGCGACAGACGAAUAUGGGAUAAUAGAGCUGCAGGGUGACCUAAAAACCGAUUCCGAAAAUUCCUUUGAAGGCAAAUUCAUCGGAGACCUACACUAUACGAAAACUGGCCAGCCGGUGCUAAUUAUUGGAUACCACUUGCUUUACGGGAAAGAAGCGAAAAUCGAAAAACCCGUCGCGUUAUUAGAAAAGUGUAAAAACGAGCAGGGAGACACUGAGUACUUGGUUAAAUGCAUUAUUAAAAAAAAGAUUAUUUUUAAAACUAGGCCGAAGCCUAUUGUUGGGGCGUAUUAGGAAAUAAUUGAACAACAAGCUUCUAAUGUAUAUUUUGCAUUUUAUUCUAUAAAUCUUAAUAUGAUUUUUUAAUAUAUAGUAAUUUUUUUAAUAUGUACAAAAUACACAAAAUAUAGUCCCAAUUAGUUCAUGACAUAGAAUAUAGUGACAUAAUUUAUCUAUGUAAAAAAAACAGAAUAACGAUUAAAAUUAAUUUAUCAUAAUACACAGAUUGGUGCUUAAUAUCGAGAUUAAAGCGGCUUUUACUUUUUUUUACAAAGCAUUUAGCAAACAAUAGACCGAUCAUAGAAUAGACAUAUUUUUGUGCUUAAAUGGCAGUGGCUAUAAUAUUGGAUUCUAUACUAUAUAUUGAGCAGUAAAAGCAACUUCCAUCUCUCUAAUCCAAAUUAGGAAAAGCGAAGCAAUGGUGGACAAAAUAUCACACUUAUUCUUGCGAACAUCGCACAACUUGUAUAAUUUUUUUUGUAUAAAAGAUGUUUCAAAUGAAAAACCUUUGCCCAAAAUUUCCGAAUUGCUAUCAAGUAUCUCUACUGUUAGGAAUAAACAUAAUUAUGUUGAAUGAUUCAAAACCCUAUUUGGCUUCGCUUUGAAUUAAAAUCUAUAUAUACUUCUUCUCAAAAAAAUCAUAUUUUAAGCUUUAAUUGCUUUUUCAUUUUAGAGCGACAUUUUGGUAUUAAUAAGUUAAUAAAUAAUUCAUCCAUUGUCCGAGGACAUCCAUUCAAGGUGUUUUUUUUAAAGGAAACUGCCCCUUUUUCAAAUAUUUCCAGAACGGACUGUUAAAAAAUAUGUCUCCAUAUAAGUCAUUUUAAACCUUCAGAUAGGUGACCAGCAGAGACGGUAGGUAUAUCCCUUAAGCUCCAGCAUGUCACAAUUGUGUGAGUCUUAUUAACAUGGGAUAUAAACAUCAAAAUGAUAUUUUAACUGUCCAAAACGAUACGACACGAUUGUGCAAGACACCUCUUUAUGCUUUUAACGCACGGGCUGGAUUUAGUAGUGCCGAAGUCAUUUUGACUUCGGCAGAGGAGCAUGAAUUACCGUUUAAUUUGUUUUUUCGAAUUCUUGUGACUUGUGAUGGCGAAUAACGGUUUUAACUAAAAUUAAUUUAAACCGUGUUUUUAAUGUCAAAUUAUUUAAGUAAUGCAUUGUUUUCCCUAAUAAGCUCAAAAAUAAGUCAAAAUAUUUUGCGGCCAUUUUUAGAAGUGCGUACUAUGUCGCUAUAUCACAAUUGUAACGGCUGGGAGCCAACCAAUACCCAAAAAUUCGGUACCGUUUUUUAAUAGUUAUGUUUUUUCUAUAUAGGAUCCAAGAGAUUAUUGAACUUGGAGAGGCUCGCAGCCAAUCCAGAUGACGUGUAUGAACUCCUUGAUGACCUUGAGUCCGAUUUCGAGGUAGAAAGCGAUAAUGAUGAUGAAUUUUUUGCUCCACCCGAACGCGUUUUAUCGGAAGAUGAAGAGUCCGAAAACAGCAGUGACGAGGACGCGCCUAGACCUAGUACCAGCCAAAAAAAGUCUUCUGCUCCAACAUGGGUAAAGAAGCCAUUUGAAGGCAAAGAAAUCCCUACUAUGUUUGAUAACCAUGAACCUGAGCCAGUUUUGAGUCCAUGGGGUUAUUUUAGUAGAUAUUUCAAUGAUGAGUUUUUUGAAAUGGGGGCAGCGUUAACUUCUCAGUAUUACUUGCAAUAACAUGGUAGGGAAAUCACUCCAAAAUUGACUGAUGAAGAAAUUAGGCAAUUUUUUGGUAUGCAUGCAAUUAUGGGAUGUUAAGUUUCCUAGAAUCCACCUUUACUGGAGUAUCAAAUAUCGAUUACCUCUCAUAGCUAAUGUUAUGGCGCGUGACAGCUUUUAUAAACUUCUAUCUAAUUUAUCAGUAUCGGAUGAUAUCAAAAAGAAGAAUCAUAUCUCUGGAAAGUUCAACCAAUGAUAGACCGAGUUCGACAAAGAUGUCUUGAAAUUCACAGGCCAGAGAAUGGUUGUUUUUUAAUUGAUGAGCUAAUGAUACCCUUUUUAGGACGAUGUCCUAUACGUCAAUUUGUCAGAAAUAAACCAAGGCCGGUUGGACUUAAGAAUUUUGUCAUUACAACGUCUUGUGGUACAAUAUUGGACUUCGAAAUAUACCAGGGUUCCUUGACGCCAUUGCCAGAUAAACAACUUGGUUUAGGGCCAUCAGUUAUUCUUCGUUUAAUACAAACCUUGCCACCUGGAAGCUUUAUUUUUUUUGACCGAUAUUUUUCCACAAUGCCAUUAUUUUAAAAAUGGAAGGAACGGGAACCAUAAUGACAAACAGAGUAAAAGGAUGUGUAUUUCAAAAAGAUGCUACUAUGAAAAGAGGCGACGCAGAAGUGCACGUAAAAAAUGAUACGAAAGUAUGUUUGAAAAAAUGGAGAUAACAAAUCAGUCGUCAUGGCAUCUACGGCUUUUGGAAUAGAACCAGUAAAAACUGUUCAGAGAUGGGAUCAAAACAAAAAAAAACAUAUAGAAGUGUCCUGUCCAAAUGCAAUUAAAGUUUAUAAUGAAAAGAUGGGCGGAGUUGAUAUUUGUGAUCAAAUGACUGAGGCUUAUCGAACAUACUUUAAAACCCGAAAAUGGACAUUUAAAACCAUUAUACACUUAUUUGACAUAGCUAUUGUGAAUAGCUGGAUGGAAUAUCGAAAUGACUGUAGAAAAAAUGGAUAUAGCUCAAAGCAAAUCUUAGAUUUUUUGCAGUUUCGACUAGCAUUAGGAGAAUUUAUGAUUUGCGGAACAAAAAAAAGAAAUCUAAAACUAUGAACACGCUCAAACGGAUGAAAAUGAAGAACCUUCUGCCAAGACGGUAAGAUAUACCCCUCUACCUUGUGAAGAUAAAAGAUUCGAUGGGUUUGAUCAUUGGCCAGUACAUGAGGAUCAAAAAAAUCCCAACACUUGUCGCCUGGAAUCCUGUCAAAGUAGAUCAAGAAUCAAAUGUAUUAAGUGUAAUGUUUAC